AGGGGGGGUUAGCCGCGGAUGAGCAUCAUCCAGUGCCGUCCGCAGUUCUUCACCAGCCGCGUCGCAAUAUACUGACCAGAGCUUCGCCUGGGCCCUUUUUCGAGGUACCUGUGCUGCCAUCUCACCCUACACAGCGCGAGACCCAGCCAAAUUUGAACUAGGCUUCGCAGAGCUCGGCGUCUCUCGGGUGAAGCAGGUACUUUAAAUUUUGCUCGCCGACAGCGCAAGAAGGGUCACGGGGCAAGAAUGGACCACAUCCUGGCCGACGGCGUGCUCGUCGACAUCUGCCUGGGCCUUCUCCCAGAAUUAGAAGUGGCCGCGGCGAGCCGCGACAUGCGCAGAGCCUGCGAGACGGCCGCCGAGGUCUUGAUACGACAAAAGUGGAGCACGCUGGCCGACGUGCACGUCGAGCACACGCCCUGGCGGGGCCUGGCCGCCUGCUGGGCCCGCAACGCGGCCUGGCUCCGGGCGCCGCAGGUCGUCGCGCCCGACCGCGCCCACGUCUGGCGCGACGCGCUCGGGCGGAAGCCCCAGGCCCAGGCGCGGCCCGGGGCCGCGGGCGGCCCCCGCGCCGAGGCGGAGCCGGCGCCGGCGGGCCUCGUGCUCGAGCACUUGGACGAGCCGAUCCAGGAGGGCGUCGCCGUCGUCGUCGCGUCGGCGGCGGGCGACUGCACGAUCUUCGACUGCGCGUCGACCGAGGGCGCCCAGCGCCUCGAGCUCUGCCACGGGUAUCCCUUUCCUGCCACGGAUGCCGCGCAGCCGCGCGUCUCCCUCUUCCAGCCCGGCCGCGGCGGCGCGCGCGCGACGGUGCACCGCGGCCGCACGCGCAGCACGGGCGCGCUCCGCGUCUACACGGUCGUGCUGACGAAGCGGACCCGGGGCAAGCGGGCCGCGGAGCAGGACCUCGGCGCGGACCUCUUCGUCGGCGGCGGCGCGCCUUAUCAAACUUUUCGCCUGCCGCCCGUACCGAUACCACGACGCGCGCGCAGGUCGACGGCGCGCGCGAGCUCGAGGGCGCGCCCCUCGCCCGGUCGCGGGGCUUCGGCGACCGCGUCGUGCUCGGCGCCGACCACCUCGGCCGCUGGCCUUUGCGCGGCGCGAUCCGCGACUUUGCGCUCUUCCGGGGCCGCGUGCCCAGCGCGUUCGCGCGCGGCCUUGAGCGUGCCCUCGCUGCGAAGCAUGGCAUCGAGCUCCGCGGCGAGGACGCCGAGGACUCCGACGGCGCGGCCGAGGAGGACAUCGACGACGACUUCGACGACGACGAGGACGCCUAAGCCCCCGCCCCCCCUUUCCUAUAGUCCUAUAGAUUCCUGGCACAUUAGUCCGUAG